GAUUUUCAUGGUUUUAUGUUACUGUAAUCAGCUUAAAGUUCAAAUUCAAGCCAAUAUUUAAUUCCAUACUCUUCACUAGGAGUCCAUACAGCGCCGGUUAAUAUUUAUUUAUUUAUUAGGAUUAUAACAUCAUGUUUUACACACUGGUUACAUUUAUGACAGGACAGAUUACAGGUUACACAAGAUUAAUCAGUUCACAAGUUUCAUAUCAAACACAUUAAUGGACAAUUUUGUGUCUCCGAUUCACCUCACUUGCAUGUCUUUGGACUGUGGGAGAAAACCGGAGCCACCGGAGGAAACCCAUGCAGACACGGGGAGAACAUGCAAAACCCACACAGAAAGGACCCGGACUGCCCCACCUAGGAAUCAAACCCUAGACCUUCUUGCUGUGAGGCGACAGUGUUACCCACUGAGCCACCGUGCACCAGUUAAUAUGAAGCCUAACACAGAAAACCUCCCUAAUACCUCAAAAUGUCGUACAUGCUUCCUCAUCUUCACAACGGCUGGCAGGUGGAUCAGGCUAUUUUAUCUGAGGAGGACCGUGUUCUUGUUAUACGAUUUGGCCACGACUGGGACCCCACAUGCAUGAAAAUGGAUGAAGUUUUGUAUAGCAUUGCUGAAAAGGUGAAGAAUUUUGCUGUGAUUUAUUUAGUGGACAUUACCGAAGUUCCAGAUUUUAACAAAAUGUACGAGUUGUACGACCCCUGCACAGUCAUGUUCUUUUUCAGGAACAAACACAUCAUGAUUGAUCUGGGUACCGGUAACAACAACAAGAUCAACUGGACAAUGGAGGACAAGCAGGAGAUGAUAGACAUUGUUGAGACUGUUUACAGAGGUGCACGCAAAGGAAGAGGUCUUGUCGUGUCCCCCAAAGACUACUCUACCAAAUACAGAUACUAAUUUAUUCUGGCACACAAUAUACAGCUUAGCUGACGCUGUUUUUUUAGAUGCCUCCAAGAGACAAUUUGAACAUUCAGCCACAAGACCUUGUGGACGAAAAUGUUUUUCUGUCGGUGCUGUUACAGUUCUGAUUAGAAAUUGUGUCCCAUGCAUAUUUUUAUGUUGGAAUUAAAUGUUUCUUAGGGCUGUAUGAUACUUGUACAUGUGCUUCUUCAUGACGCUGUGUAUGUGUGCUUACCAGGUUUGUGUUAAUAGGGUGGAGCUUAAACCAAACUACAAAUAUACCCUACAGUGACUUUAUUUAAUUCAAAAAAGGUAUUUGUUUUGUAGUUACUUUGUUUGUUUGUUUUUUUUAUUGGGGGAGGGGGGUGUUACAAAAGUGUAUGGACACUUCACCACUGGCUGUCAAGCAUUCUAUUUUAAAACUUACCUGCGAACUCAAAAAUAAAGUUUCUUUAAAAUAA